GUCCUGUUCAGUUUUCAGUAUUGAGGCGAGGGUGAGAGUCGAUCGUGAUUUUGUAUAUGUUGUUGAGUUGUUUUGUUUAUCAGGAGGUAAAAGACAAUACUUUGAUCCGAAUCUGCAGUUUCCGUUGAUUUGGCCUCUGAGGUAGAUGAAGCUUGAGUGGCUGAGAGAGCAAGAAGUGUUGUUGUAGCAGUCAACACUGUUGUCACUUUGGUUGUCAAUUAAUAUGCUGUCAAAAGCUUUCGCCGAUGAAGAAGAUGGUGAAACGUUGGCCUAUUUCAUGUCAGCAAAUACCAGUAUGUCGAGGAAUCACAAGGAUAAAUAUGAGAGUAAUACUACAAGAAGAAAUCAUAUUAUUAUGUCAGCCGAAGAAGCGGCUACUGGGAAGAAAACUCAUUGGUCGGAGUUGGAGAUAACAGGAAAUGUGAAGACGCUUAGUCCACAGCUGUGGCAGUUGUCAUACCUGACAGCUCUGUACAUGAACGACAACUCGUUGACCCGGCUGCCGGGUGAAAUCAGUCGGCUGGUCAAUCUGCGCAUGCUCGACCUGUCUGGAAACAAACUGCGCAGUCUCCCAACUGAACUGGGAGAACUUAUCUACCUCAGGGAACUGCUUUUAAACAACAAUCUGCUGCGAGCACUGCCCUACGAAAUCGGAAAGCUGUUUCAACUGCAGAUUCUGGGCCUGUCCGGAAAUCCGCUCAGCAAGGAGUAUCUCAAGAUGUACGGCGAGCCCAACGGAACCCAGAAACUAGUCACUUACCUGCUGGACAGCUUGCAAGUGAGGUAUUUACAACCACCGGAAAGACCAUGGAUCCCAUUGGCAAGACCUGACAGGACCAAACCAACUUGCCUGAUGACCGUAAUGUGUUACAAUGUUCUCUGUGAUAAGUACGCUACUCGACAGAUGUACGGCUACUGCCCCACCUGGGCGCUCGUUUGGGAUUAUAGGAAAAAGGCAAUCCUUAACGAGAUCAGACACUACACAGCCGAUAUUAUCAGCUUACAGGAGGUGGAGACUGACCAGUUCUACAAAUUCUUUCUGCCCGAACUGAAAAGAGACGGAUAUGACGGCAUUUUCUCUCCGAAAUCUCGUGCCAAGACUAUGUCAGAGAACGAUAGGAAAUAUGUGGAUGGAUGCGCUAUUUUCUACAGAACUGCCAAAUUCACACUGAUCAAGGAGCACCUGGUGGAGUUCAACCAGUUGGCAAUGGCCAAUUCAGAGGGAUCAGACGACAUGUUGAACAGAGUCAUGCCAAAGGACAACAUCGGAUUGGCCGCUCUGCUCAAGACUAAAGAGGCUGCGUGGGGAGACAACGGCCUGCCACCGGACGUGAACCAGGUGCACCAACCUUUGCUGGUGUGUACGGCGCACAUCCACUGGGACCCCGAGUUCUGCGAUGUGAAGCUGAUCCAGGUGAUGAUGCUGUGUGGCGCACUCAAGGGAGUACUCGAUGAGGCCAGCAUGCACUUCCGGCCCAACUCCUCUAGCACACCUGUGCAGCUGCUGCUCUGCGGCGAUUUCAACUCGCUGCCUGAUUCUGGUGUAAUAGAGUAUUUGUCGUCAGGAAGAGUGUCUGCCGAUCACCAGGACUUCAAAGAUCUGCCCUACAAGUCCGUCCUACAGAAAAUCUCCGGCAGUGAAAAGCCGAACGAAUUUACACAUUCGUUCAAGCUAGCAUCUGCCUACAAUGAAGAUAUCAUGCCCUAUACUAACUACACAUUCCACUUCAAAGGGAUAAUUGAUUAUAUCUUCUACUCGAAACAAAACAUGACUCCGCUGGGUUUGCUUGGCCCGUUGGCCUCUGAGUGGUUGCGAGAAAACAAAGUGAUAGGAUGUCCUCAUCCCCACAUACCUUCAGAUCACUUCCCAUUGCUGGUGGAACUGGAGAUGACCCCCAGUGCGCCCGCGCCCAGCAACGGUCUCAUUCCUCGAAGGUAGCACUAGACCACCGUCUCUGUCUCUGUCAUUGACACUCGCUCACACACUGUCAGUCUCUCUCACUCUUCCCCCUCCCCACCCCGUCUCCCCACCUCUCUCCUCACCCCACCCCGCCAGUGCCUCACGAGUACAAAAAACAAAAAAAAAACAUUUACUUUUGUAACAGUGAACCUUGACAUAAUACUGAUUUUGUAUCGCUGGAAAAAUCUUAGUAAGUAUUUCUCUCGUCUCUCUCUCUCUCUAGUAAGAAGCCGACGCGUGUGAAAGUGAAAAUUUAUAUAUAAUUUUUAAAUGGUAAUGUCUCAUAAUGUUGUGUAAACUAGAUGAAUAAAAUGUAAUUUGUGAAAGUGUUACUGUUCUAAGUUUUCAAUUGUUCUGCUGCGUACUUGUAAUCAAUGGCUUCUUUCAAUUUCCGAUGUAAUGCACAAAUCUGUGGAAACAGAUCGUACCAAAAAGAUCACCCCGACCUUCAUUUUCGUAGGUUAGUGCUGGAAUAAACAUUUUAGAAGCUUCGCUAAACUUCAGGUUAGUAUGAUAAUUUUAAAUGUGUAAAUGAGUGUAUUGAUUUGAUUAUUAAUGUUUAACCACUUAAACACAUCUAAUUUUUUUAAUCUAAAGAAAAACAUCUAUGUUGGUAAUUAUAUUAAACAGGACGCAUAAUCGCCGCGAUAAAACAAUUAUUUUCAAUAAUUCAAACUUAAUUACUUACUUGCUACUCAUUGCAAACGAUUUUUCAUGAAUUAUCCAUUAAUUCAAAAUAAUGUUUUCAACAAUUAUUUGGACCAAUCAAUGCGAAAUUAUAUGAGCUUAAAUUCUAAAAGUUAUUCGGAAAGUGCAAAUUUCCUUUUCAUGCAUUAUUUUUUCUCCAAGUUUGAAUCUUGAUAUGAGACUACUCUCAAUUGUUUAAAAGCUAAUAAAAUUAAAAGCUAAAUUGAAAUCACCUAAUAAUAAUAAUCUUGAAAAUAAAAUCAAUGUUAAUAUAAUUGAAAAAAUGUUUUAUCCUGUGAUAAAGUUUUUGUUUUCUGAUGCAAUUUUUGUAAGUAAUAAAUUUUUAUGGGAUUAAACAUAAUCUUAUUUAGAGUUUAGAUUAGUCUGUGCACACUUUGGGACUUAUAUGUUGAAUUUGAUAUUAUGUCUAGAUGUAUGAGGCACAGUAAGAGUGAGAGAGAUGUGUGAUUCGUUAGAGAAGGAACAAAAACUGUUUGAAAUUGAGUGCAUGCAAAGCACUAAAGCUGUAAAAGACUUCUAUAUAAGAACAAGCUACAACGUUUUCAUUAUUCUAUUUUCAUUUGACUCACUUCUCAUUAAUUUCAUCUUUACAAAGAAACUGCAAGUCAGUUUCAGGUAUAUGUAAAUAAUAUACUGGAAAGACAUUCGUUUCUUAAGUUAGUUAAUUAGGCUAGUUGGUAUUUCUUACAACAAUCAAUUUUAUGAAUUACACAUAAGAUAGUAACGAACAAACUUUCGCGUGCCUCUCGGUGGCAUUUUUAUUUAAAACUUGGUGUAAUUUUAAAGAAUGAACCUGUACAAAACUCGAGCGAUCAUCGAGCAGAUUAUACAUUUUAACACUGUUAAAUGCUAUUCUCUUGUAUUUUUAUUGAUACAGUGUACAGAUUUUUAUAAGGUUUGCAAAACUAUUGCAUCACUUUGUCAUAGAUGUUUUUCCAUGGUUAGAAAAACUUGAUGUAGUCUGCCUCUGAAAAUAUUAAAACAUUCAUACUUCAACCUUAUUGAAUGUAUUGAUUUCUUUAAUAAACCAGGACUACCUUUAUUGCAUAAUUUUUUUGGUCAGGAAAGUGCUUUUCACUUUGUCUCAGAUUGUUAAUAUAGGCUGUUUACAAAGAGGUUGGAAACAUAUAUGAAGUUCAUAAUUCCGGAACACAGCUCGUAUAUUUUGUUUUGUUCUGAGGAAUAAAUUGUUGGGAGGGGGUCUAAGCUGGAUCUAUCUUAUUGGUGGUCGGCACAUAUUUCAUAACUGAGCUAGUUAUAUUUGCUGCGUUGACGGAAUAUCUAAUAGCAUAUUAUUAUGUGAGCAGAUGGCCCAUCAGGUGCCGUAAAAUACAUUAUUAGGCCUAUCUCACAAACAUUUGAUGUGUUUUAUUUUUGAGAAAUAAAAACUAGAAAUUUGAAUUGUUCUUCUUCAGUAUUGCAGGUGUAACUUUCUCAUAAUAUUAAGCACAGAAUAAAAAAUGACUUUUUUUAAUAAAACUAGAACCAAUUCAGUAGCUUGAUCUAAAAUGGUUCUUGAAUGUUCAAAGCUGUAACGUCCUAUAUCUAUGUUUUCCUACCACGAUGUACAAACAAAUUCUUAUGCUUAUAUUCAUACUGAUAGCCGUUAAUUUUAUGUGGUUUUUGGUGAAUAAUAUGUGAGUAGUAUUUGAAUAAUUGUAGCAUUAGUUGGGUUCGGUUAACUGUUGUGAAUGAUCAAGUAAUUGCCAAUCGAUGUAAGCUUUGUCUAAUCAGACUAUGUAGUUCAAAAUUAAAGUAUAUUUUCUGGUAAACUCUA